AUGCCCGCCGCUAUCCCCCCCAUCACCGGCAUGCUCCGCCGUGGUCUCGUUCUGGACCUGAGCACCGCUUUCGGUUUCGGUACCACCUUCGGUUACCUCUGGUGGUACGGAUUCCACCUCCCCCGCACUCGUGAGCGCGAUACCUACUACGCCCGUCUCGAGGCUGAGCGUGCUGCCCAGCGCGGUUAA